AGAGCUGUCUAUCACGGCUGGGUGGGGCUGCGGUCGGUAUGCGGACGCCUGGAGAGAGGACGGGAUAAGAGGAACCGGCCUGGGCCAAGGACCGAGCUAUCAAGGCCGAGCCCAGUGAAACUUGAACAGAACCUGAAAGGUGAAGUCCAGUGAAUAGAAUACAGUCUAAACAGUAGUUUUAAGAUGGCUGGAUUCCUGGACAACUUUCGCUGGCCGGAGUUUGAAUGUAUUGACUGGGGAGAAAGCAGAAAUGCAGUUGCUUCUAUAGUAGCUGGGGUGUUGUUCUUUACUGGUUGGUGGAUAAUUAUAGAUGCUGCAGUGGUUUACUCAAAAAAUGGAGAAUUGAAUCCUGCUUUUCACACAUGUGGAGUCAUGUCAACUGUAGCUUUUUUCAUGAUAAAUGCUGUGUCUAAUGGACAGGUCCGAGGGGAUGGAUACAGUGAUGGCUGUUUGGGAAGAACAGGUGCACGAAUCUGGCUUUUUGUUGGCUUCAUGCUAAUGUUUGGAUCUCUCAUAGCUUCUAUGUGGAUCCUGUUUGGGGCAUAUGUUGUACUUAAGGUUAAUGUGUAUCCAGGCCUGGCUGUGUUCUUUCAGAAUGCAUUAAUAUUUUUUAGAAUUACCUGCACCCUGAAGACUUCAGACAGGCAAGAAAGCCACUCAUGCAGCAGCCUAAUCUAUAAAUUUGGAAGAACAGAGGAACUCUGGGCAUAACCUGUAUCAUCUCUGCACUGACUCAGGAUAUUCUGCACAUGAACGAUAACUGCAAAUACACAUUGCUUCUAAUUGGCCAAAUAUUAAUUCAAGUUGAUUUUAGAUAAAACUUAAAAUGUAUUAUUAAAAGAUAAUUUUGAAAGACUCAUCUUUUUAUUUUAUGAACAUUUUAGUAUUUUAUAUUCCAAUACUGCUUUGUGAACACUAGUUAUAUUGAGUCAUAUAAACAGAAGAUGAUGCGCUGUUUGGGCUGAUAACUGUCAUAUGACCUCUGUUAAAUUCAGUGUAAAAUAUAUGGAUAAUAUAUCAGAUAUGUUGCUAAUACUAUUAUUAUUGCUCUAAUUAUUGCGGCUUUGCAUUUUGUAAAAGAAAAUCAAAUUCUCUACACCCCCAAAGCAGUAUAAGCUUGUAAACUUUGGAUUUGUGCAAAAUAUUUGUAAGGUUUAGGAUCAUAAGAUAUAAUCAUAAUUGUCUGUUUAAUUCUUUUAAAUUUCAAAAUCACUUCAUGCAUAUUGCUUUGAAUCAGAAUGUUUGCUGCAACUCUGUUGUGAAUUGUCUGAGGAGGGAUUGCCACUAUUAGCUAGGUUUACUUUUUCCUUUUGUUAUUUAUUAAAUAAACCUUCUCAACAGUGUAUUUUAUUGUGAAUUUCUCUGUUCAACAAAAUUUGUGAAAUAAACAUAUCUUCUGUUAAAA